CAGUCAGCUAGCACUGAGAGAAAGUAAAACAAAGUGUUGGAGUGAAGCCAUUUAAAUUUUGAGUAGCCCACCACUUCACCGCUCUGCUCUGCUUUGCCAACCCCUUUUUCUCUCCCAGUUAUUCCCCUGCACUCAAACCCUAAACACCCCAUUUAAAUUCUUUCAGAAAUGGGCUUCUCUCACAAACCCUAGUUGUUGAGCUCCCACCCAGAUCUUCAAUGGCUGCAACUUCCCCUUUAAGGUACUUCAUUCUCUUCUCUGUCCUGUUUCUUUGCUUUAGAUCUCUAGCUGGUGAAUCCAAGUCUUCAUUUUACUUCAAUAACUUCAGUAAAGAUUCAAACUUUAAGUCCCAAGUUGAUCUUUAUGGGGAUUCAAAGGUUGUGGAUGGUGGGUUGUGUUUGGAAAUCAGUGGUUCUUCUGUUCUUGGUACUGGGAGGAUCAUUUACAAGGACCCCUUUAAGCUUCUUGAAGUGAAAAGUGAGAGCUUGGUGUCUUUUUCCACAAAUUUCUCAUUUUCUUUGUCACAGUCUUAUGGGAAUGGUUUAGCAUUGUUUCUGGUUCCAGUUGGGUCAGUUGGACUGUUGGCUGAGAGAAAAGUGGAAUUGUUUAGUGUUGGAUUUGAAAUGUCUAUGGAUGUUAAGGAUGGUCGUGCAAAUGGUAUUGAUUUUGGUAGUUUUUUAUCGGUGAAAGUGAGUAAUGUUUCUUCGGUUAAGUUGGUGUUGAAUAGAGGUGAGAAAGUGCAAGCUUGGAUUGAUUAUGAAGCCAGUUCAAAGCGGUUAGAGGUCAGAUUGAGUAAAUUAGGCCAGAUGAAGCCUGUUGGUCCGGUGCUUUCGUACUCGAUUGAUAUGUCACUAAUGUGGAAGGAGCGUGAGGUGCUUGUGGGAUUAGGUUUGAUAAAUGGAAAUUCUUCACAGUUGUGCAAUGUGUAUUCUUGGGGAUUUAGUUCAAGGCGAGUUCCACAUCUCAUGCAUUCACAACCUUUGGAUCCCGAGGUUCAUGUGAUAGAGAAGAAAGCUCCGGUAGUUCACAAAAGAAGUGAUUGUGUGACUAAAAUCUUUGCUGCACUAAUCUUUGGAACUGCGUGUGGCGCACUUGGAGCAUUCUUUGCAUUGUUUGUGUGGACAAUAUUUGGGGGAAACGGGCGUGCUAUUGUUCCUGAAGAUUAUGCUGUCCAGCCUGUGAAACUUGAGUACAAAAAGUUUGAAGUUGUCGUAGAUAAGCAAAUGGAAGGUAACAAACAAUAGGUGUGUACGACUAAGAAUUAGUUAGAUAUUUUUGAGGUUGUAAAUCAUUUAGCUUUUGCGGUUGCAAGUUCCAUUCUUUUGGUGGUUGUAAUUUGGUGAUCAGUGACCAAAUUUACCUAUGAUCAUUAAACUACAACUUCUCAUUCAGGUGGAACAGCAGCACCUAGUUUUUAAGAGAAGAUGUAUUUAUCUUUAAUAUCGAUUAUUGUUGUCAAUCAAAAGGAUUUGGUGUGAAAUAUACUAGUUCUCUUAUCGCUA